AGAUGCACCCACUGGGCCUAUGUAAUAACAAUGACGAAGAGGACUUGUAUGAAUACGGCUGGGUGGGAGUGGUGAAGCUGGAACAGCCAGAAUUGGACCCGAAACCAUGCCUCACCGUCCUGGGCAAGGCCAAGCGAGCGGUGCAGCGGGGAGCCACCGCCGUCAUCUUCGAUGUGUCUGAAAACCCAGAAGCUAUCGACCAGCUAAACCAGGGCCAGGAAGACCCGCUCAAGAGGCCCGUGGUGUACGUGAAGGGCGCAGAUGCCAUCAAGCUGAUGAACAUCGUCAACAAGCAGAAAGUGGCUCGAGCAAGGAUUCAGCACCGGCCCCCUCGACAACCCACAGAGUACUUCGACAUGGGGAUUUUCCUGGCUUUCUUUGUCGUGGUCUCCUUGGUCUGCCUCAUCCUCCUUGUCAAAAUCAAGCUGAAACAGCGACGCAGUCAGAAUUCCAUGAACAGGCUGGCUGUGCAGGCGCUGGAGAAGAUGGAGACCAGGAAGUUCAACUCCAAGAACAAGGGGCGCCGGGAGGGGAGCUGUGGAGCCCUGGACACGCUCAGCAGCAGCUCCACGUCCGACUGUGCCAUCUGCCUUGAGAAGUACAUCGACGGAGAGGAGCUGCGGGUUAUCCCCUGUACUCACCGCUUUCACAGGAAGUGCGUGGACCCGUGGCUGCUGCAGCACCACACCUGCCCCCAUUGUCGGCACAACAUCAUAGAGCAAAAGGGGAACCCGAGCGCCGUUUGCGUGGAGACCAGCAACCUCGCACGCAGCCGGCAGCAGAGGGUGAUCUUGCCGGUGCACUACCCCGGCCGCGUGCACAGGACCAACGCCAUCCCAGCCUACCCCACGAGGACGAGCAUGGACUCCCACGGGAACCCCGUCACCCUGCUGACCAUGGACCGGCACGGGGAGCAGAGCCUCUACUCACCACAGACCCCCGCCUACAUCCGAGGCUACCCACCCCUCCACCAGGACCACACCCUGGCCCCUCACCGCUGUGGCCUGGAGCACCGAGCCUACUCCCCGGCCCACCCCUUCCGCAGGCCCAAGUUCAGCGGCCGCAGCUUCUCCAAGGCAGCUUGCUUCUCCCAGUAUGAGACCAUGUACCAACACUACUACUUCCAGGGCCUCAGCUACCCCGAGCAGGAGGGCCAGGCCCCACCCAGCCUCGUUCCCAGGGCCCCGGCCCGUGCCUUCCCCCCGAGUGGCAGCGGCAGCCUGCUCUUCCCCACCGUGGUGCACAUGGCCGCGCCCUCCCACCUGGAGAGCGGCAGCACGUCCAGCUUCAGCUGCUACCACGGCCACCGCUCCGUGUGCAGCGGCUACCUGGCCGACUGCCCCGGCAGCGACAGCAGCAGCAGCAGCUCCGGCCAGUGCCACUGCUCCUCCAGCGACUCGGUGGUGGACUGCACUGAGGUCAGCAAUCAGGGCGUGUACGGGAGCUGCUCCACCUUCCGCAGCUCUCUCAGCAGCGACUAUGACCCCUUCAUCUACCGCAGCCGGAGCCCCUGUCGCGCCAGCGACGUGGGGGGCUCGGGCGGCUCGGGCCGGGGGCCGGUCGUGCACCUCGAGGGCUCCCCGCCACCCGAGGAGCUCCCAGCAGCCCACAGUCAAGGUGCUGGGCGGGGAGAGCCUUGGCCGGGCCCUGCCUCUCCCUCCGGGGACCAGCUGUCCACCUGCAGCCUGGAGAUGAACUACAGCAGCACCUCCUCCCUGGAGCACAGGGGGCCCAACAGCUCUACCUCAGAAGUGGGGCUCGAGGCUUCUGGGGCCGCCCCAGACCUCAGGAGGACCUGGAAGGGGAGCCGCGAGGGGCCGUCGUGUGCCUGCUGCUGCGAGCCCCAGCCCUCCGCCCUGGAGCCCAGCGGGGGAGUGGCUGGGGGCAGCACCUUAUUCCUGGGCGCCCCCCUCUGUGAGGGCUGUGGCCCCACGGGUGUGGAGUCCCAGCCGGGAGGCUCCCAGGGCCUGUGUGGCCUUCACCCAGACCAUUUGCCCAGGACAGAUGGGGUGAAAUAUGAGGGCCUGCCCUGCUGCUUCUAUGAAGAGAAGCAGGUGGCCCACGGCGGCGGAGGGGGCAGCGGCUGCUACACUGAGGACUGCUCGGUGAGCGUGCAGUACACGCUUGCCCAAGAGCCCCCGCCCAGCUGCCACCCGGGGGCCCGGGACUUGAGCCAGCGCAUCCCCAUCAUUCCAGAGGAUGUGGACUGUGACUUGGGCCUGCCCUCGGACUGCCAAGGGACCCGUGGCCUCAGCCCCUGGGGUGGGACGCUGGGCCCCAACACCCUGCAGCCCCACAGGAGCCUGGGAGCAGCCCAGGAAGAAGAGCGGGUUCUGUGCUACCAGCCCCGGGCACCGCUGCCACCUGCCCGCCCUCCGGAGGAGGCAGGGGCCGCCAGGGCCAGCUUCCCCAGUGCCUCCCAGGACACUCAGGAGUCCAGCGCCACGGCCCCUGAGGCUGCAGGACAGAGGUCUCGCCCAGCAGACAGCGGUGGCACGGGAGCCUGAGCCCGGAAGGAACUCUGUGGAAAUGGGAACUGUACGGAGACUCCAAACUCUGACUUCUUCAGAAAAAAAAAAAUAAUUUUUUUUUUUUUUAGCUCUGACAAACACACAAAAGUGGUAAUAAAGAGAGCCCUCCUUCUCAACCCAAAAUGUGAGCCCCUUGUGGCAAGCCCCCCGCCCUCCCAUUAACAAACCAACAGACGAAAUUCUCCGAGUCUUUGCCUCUUUUGAUAACAUGUUCUUCUGUUUUGUAAAGUGUGUGUGCUUGGGGUUCCGAGGUGUGUGGGAUUGAGUUCUCGGCUUUGUUUUUUAAGAUAUUUUAUGUAAAUGUAAAAAGUUAUUUAAAUAUAUAUAUUUUAAAGAACCCUAACCGCCAACUUUUGCUGAAAGAAAAAAAAAAAAGUCACUGCUGCGUUCAUUGAACCACAUCAUGUGUAGAUACUGUUGUCUCCUUGGAGGGAGCUCAGGCCUUUGAAAAGCUCAGGGCUACACCUGCCUUAGAAAAUGAACCAGAAACUUGAAGUAAAGCUCGUCGAUAUGGGUACAAACUCUGAGGAACGAUGCAAUGCUGCCUCUUUUCUCGUGGCAAAUCCCGAUGUACAAAUCGUCAGGUCUCCGAAGCCAUAUUCCUCCAGCCCUCCUGAGGCAGCUGCUGGAAGCCGCUGGGCAGGGGGUAGGAGGUCAGCAGCACUGGGCCAGGCCGUUGCUGCAGAAGCCCCGGGUGCGACAGGGACGAUUCUGCCCAGUGCCCUCAGUCUGUCCCCCGGAAUCAUCCCGAGGGAAAGGGCCGAGUUCACAGUCAUGAUCUCGGGCUCCCUGCUACCCACCGGCUGCAGAAAGGGAUCGAGGGGGUGUGCGGGGACCAGCACCCAGGAGGAAUGUAGUUUGCGGCUUUGGUGUCUGAAGGGGCUGGGGACCGAGGAUGCGAUGGAGCUGCUGCGUCCUUGGGCUGCCUUCCUGGGGGGGGUGCGUGGCCAGGACCCCAUCGGGGCUACACUAAGCUCUGAAUGAUACGGUUCCCAUCCAUCUCCCUACGGAAGCGCCGCUUCAGGGUUAUUCAGCCCUCUGCUCGUGGCUGAAGUUGCUCAUCUCGCCUGCAAAUGUCUACUAUCCUUUCUACCUAAUGCACUAUUACGUAUUGGUUCUCCAUGAGACAGAGAGAGAAAGAGACUAUCAGAUAGUUUAGACCCAAAGGGUAGGUUUUUGUAUAUUUUUCCAGCCUUUCGUUGUUGUUGUUUUUUUAAAAGAGGGAGGGAGAGCUUAAAAACCCAACCCAUUUUAAAAAAGAUGUUUCCAUUAUAAAGGGGAGAAUCUAUUUAAAGCUAUUUCAGAUCAGGGAUUGACUGUCAUCCUUUUUGUCCAAUGUAUUUCUUGUUCUUAAAAAAACAAAACAAAACUAUUUUUAGAGGAAACUAAUCACAUUAGCCCCGCGUUCACUAACUCUUCUGGUCACUUGUUUACUCACUCGGCAGAUAGUUGGUGCCACCUGAAAAGCUCCUUUGUGAAAUAGAUACCCUGGGAGCUGGCCCCUGUAGGUGGGGAACUAGAGGCCAUCCUGGUUGCCAGGAGACUGUGAUGAUUCCUCUCCAGUUAGGCUCUGGGGUCCAGACCAGAACAUUUUGAAUGAGAAUCUCACUGUAUCAGAAUCCCUUUUUCUUAAAAUCCUCAGCCUGUGAUGAGGAAACGUACUUAACUCAAAGCCAGGAUUUGACAAGCCAGGAAAUGCCAGCGUCAAAUGAUGGAGCCAUUUGCCAUUUAGGAACUCACCCAUUUGCCAUUUGGUGAGAUUUGUCCUCCAGCCUCCAAGGUGCAGUCCCUUGCGGGGGUUGCUCCCCGCGGGUCUGUGCCCAGCACACCUGUUGGCGAGGGUGUGAGAAGCGCCAGAGCUGUUGACAUGUGAUCUGGGCCGCCUUUAUUUCUCGGGCCAGGACCAGCAGCUGCUGAGGACAACAGCUUGCAUUACGUGGUUUUGGGGCGAGGGGGGUGGGGUGAGGGGAUGGCUUUUAACAUGAACUGUAAAAAGCAGCUCCUCAUUGUUGAGAUUUUUGUUGUUGUUGUUUGUGGUUUUGUUUUUAAUGCCUUUGAGUGCGUAUUAUCUUCCUUGUCUGAAAUCAUACCCCCAGAGUGGCUAAAGCCCCAGCUGGAAAAAAAAAAAAAAAAAAAA